AUGGAAAGAGCUGAAGAAGAGCCUACAAGUCUUGAAACACCUCUGAUUAAUGGAACUGGAGGUGAUAAGUACAUUAGAAGAUCAGAGAUUAUUGUGGAGAUAAAGAAACAGUUAUGGUUAGCAGGGCCUUUGACAUGUGUUUGUUUCUUACAGUUCUGUUUACAAGUGAUCUCAAUCAUGUUUGUUGGUCACCUUGGAGAACUACCUCUUGCUAGUGCUUCUCUAGGCACUUCCUUUGCUUCAGUCACUGGUUUCAGCUUAAUGACAGGAAUGGGAAGUGCAUUAGAUACCUUAUGUGGUCAAUCUUAUGGAGCAAAACAAUAUCAUAUGCUUGGAAUACAUAUGCAGAGAGGAAUGUUUGUUCUUUUACUUGUAUGUAUUCCUGUAGCUUAUCUUUGGUCUAACACAGCCCAUAUACUUAUAAGUUUAGGGCAAGAUCCAGAUAUAUCUGAGGGAGCUGGACUUUUUGUUCAUUACUUGAUUCCUGCAGUUUUUGCUUUUGGAAUCCUUCAAUGUCUCAACAAGUUCUUACAAGCACAAAACAUUGUUUUUCCAAUGAUGAUAAUCUCAGGAAUUACAAUUUUACUACACUUUCCAGUUUGUUGGUUUCUAGUUUUCAAAUCUGGACUUGGUAAUAGUGGUGCUGCUUUGGCAAAUGGGCUCUCUUAUUGGAUUUGUGUGUUACUGAUGGCAAUUUAUGUUAAGUUCUCUACUGCUUGUAAGUCAACUUGGACUGGUUUUUCAAGGGAAGCCUUACACAAUAUCCUUGAUUUCUUGAGGCUUGGUAUUCCUUCAGCUUUUAUGGUCUGCAUAGAGUUUUGGUCAUUUGAGACGUUGGUUCUUAUGUCUGGUCUUCUUCCUGAUCCACAACUAGAAACAUCAACACUAUCAAUAAUCCUCAACACAUGUUGUUUGACAUUCAAUAUCUCAUUUGGUCUUAGUAGUACUGCAAGCACAAGGGUUUCCAAUGAAUUGGGUGCUGGGAGGCCACAAGCUGCACGUUUAGCUGUACAUUCUGUUCUGCUCAUAGCAACUGUAGAUGGUACAUUGCUUGGACUUGCCAUGUUUCUGUUACGUGACUAUUGGGGUUACCUGUUUAGCAAUGAAGAAAGGGUAGCAAGACACGUCGCAGCCAUAAUACCAUUGCUGGCAGUUACCAUUUUCUUGGAUGGAUUUCAGUGUGCACUUACAGGCAUAAUAAGAGGAAGUGGAUGGCAGAAGACAGCUGUGUACAUCAAUAUUGGAGCUUAUUACCUUAUUGGAAUUCCUACCGCAAUUAUCUCUGCUUUUAUCUUACAUCUUGGUGGAAAGGGUCUUUGGUUGGGGAUUGUAUGUGCACUCUUUGUGCAAGUGCUUGCUUUUCUAAUCCUAACCAUUCGAACCAAUUGGAACAAAGAAGCAGAAAAAGCUAUGGAUAGAGUGCGUGACACAGAGAUACCAGUUGAUAGGAUUGCAUGAAGCUGAACUAGUAUACUUCUUCCUUCAAU